CAGCAGCGAGCGAGGGAGGUGGUGGAGUGGAGGAGCAGUGAGGCCGAGCAGCUGAAGCUGCAGGAGGAGCAGAGCGCCAUCGAGUUCAAACAGGAAGUUCACCUGCAGGAGUACAGGAGGGAGAGGGCGGAGCUAUCUCACCUGAGCUGGAGGAAGAGGAAGGCGGCGUUGUACCGCGCCAACAAGACCAAGUUCUCUGUGCGUCCGAGCGAGAGGAGUCAGGACGAGCAGCUGAGGCUGCCGCUCAUCAUUAAAGGUGAUGUGGACGGGUCGGUGGAGGCCAUCUUGAACAUCCUGGAUAGUUAUGACGCUCAGCAGCAGUGUGAGCUGGAGGUCGUCCACUUUGGCAUCGGAGACGUUUCAGAGAACGACAUCAACAUGGCGGAAACGUUCGCAGGGUCAAUUUACGGAUUCAAUGUUGGGGCCAGCAGGUCGGUCCAGCAGGUGGCGUUGAAGAGAGGCGUCCCGCUCAACCUUCACACCGUCAUCUACAAACUGGUCGAUCAGCUGAAGGAAGAACUGAGCAACAAACUGCCGCCGCUCGUGUCUGAGAACGUGAUUGGGGAGGCGUCGGUCCUCGCCAUGUUCGAGGUCUCUGUUGGGAAGAAGAAGGUUCCUGUGGCGGGAUGUCGGGUUCAGAAAGGUCAGCUGGAGCGUCGACACACGUUCAGACUGAUCCGAGGGCGAGACACCGUGUGGGAGGGAUCUCUCUUGGCGUUGCGGCAUCAUAAGGACGACGUUCAGACGGUGAAGACCGGGAUGGAGUGCGGUCUGUCAGCUGAUGAAACUGUGGAAUUCAAACCCGGUGAUGUGAUCGUGUGUUUUGAGAACGUGGACUGUCCGCAGGUCACUUCCUGGAACCCGGGCUUCUAACGACGCCUUGUCUUCUUCUGCGAGGACGAGUUCAUCAAACUGAUCGCUGACAGAUA